AUGGACGCACGACUCCCUCAAGAACUUUUCGACAACAUCAUCGACCAUCUCCACGAUGACUACGCCUCGCUUCGAACAUGCGCACUCGUCUCCUCAGCCUGGCUGCAUCGCGUCCGCACGCACAUAUUCAACCGAAUCACUCUUGACUGGCACAAGAGUCUCAGGGGACGUGGCACAGGUUUCUCCUUCUUCGCCCGCAGCCCUCAGCCUUCGCUUGCCAAACAAUUGCUAGCCAUUAUCAACGUGAAUAACGGACAAGCACACAAGGGUAACCGCCUCGGAAGCGUCGCGUCGUCCAUUAGAGAGCUCUUUCUCUGCGAGGGCACAGGAACACGGGAAUGGCUCGCGCAGGAUUCGAGUCUCUCAGUUCUGCUUCAGGUACUCCCAAAUAUCCACAAGUUCGAAGUUCGGCGAUCUGCAGCGUCGGCAUACAUCGCAUGGAAAGGGUUGCCGCUCCAGCUGAAGGACGCAAUACAGAGUCAUGUGUUGGCUUCAGCGACUUUAACCCAACUGAAGAUCGGGAGUUUGUUAUUCGAGAGCUUGUCUGACGUGCAGAAUCUUCUGGGAGCAUGCAGAAGUUUGAGGGUGCUCGAGGUCGACCACAUCGGGUUUGAAGAGGAGCAGGUCGCAAUUUUGGAUGGAGAUGGUGUGAAAUCGCAUGGUGAAGAGGUUCCAUAUAGCGCUACAGGGACGUCGUUGGAUCGACUUGUCAUAGGCCCAAGAACGUCGCCGGCGCUUAUCUCGUGCCUCUUGCAUCGAGCCUCUACUAUCGACAUCGGCGCAGUCAGAAUUCUAACCCUCUCCAUAUCUGGCGACUUCAAGGACUUUUCAAUGCUAUUGCAUGCAACGCACGCCCUGGAAGAGCUGGAGAUAGCCCUCGUGCACGAUGUGUACUUGAAAGAAUACUGGAGCCUUCCUCCCUUUGACAAGUUCAACCUUUCCAAAGUUCCACGCCUGAGAAAUUUGAAAGUCACUGUCGACGUCCUGCAGCAAAUGGACGAUCCCUUGCCGUGGUUGUGCGCCGUGCUCAGAACGGGUGUUGACCCUACCUCACCGCGUACACAAAACAGAAUCAAGAACAUCUCGAUCACCUACUCCGUAUACCUACCAGCGCCUUACAUGGACAGAUCAAUCAACACGACGAUAUUCGAGGGAUGGAGGGAAAUUGAUGAUGUCCUUGGCGGAGGUGGUCAGGAGCAGCAUCCGUACGAAGAGUUGGAGAGCGUGAAGUUAGAUUUCGUGCUCGAGAACCCGAUUGGGUUCGGUAUUGCUCCGAGGUUCUUAAAGGAGUUGGUUUUGGAUAGCCCCCUACUUAGAGAGAAAGGCUUGCUUUCCAUUAAGGCGUAUGACACAAGCAAGUGA